AUGAAGACCAAGGAGCUCUCCCAACAGGUCAGGGGCACCAUGAAGACCAAGGGGCUCUCCAAACAGGUCAGGGACACCAUGAAGACCAAGGAGCUCUCCAAACAGGUCAGGGACACCAUGAAGACCAAGGGGCCCUCCAUACAGGUCAGGGACACCAGGAAGACCAAGGGGCUCUCCAAACAGGUCAGGGACACCAUGAAGACCAAGGGGCACCACCAAGCAAGAGAGAGACCAGACUCUCACUCUGACAGCGGGAACAGUCCUUCAGGGGAACCAGACUCAGAGACGCCCAAACCAGCGAGACGACACCACUGGUCCCAGUGUAAAAAGAGUUUUAAGUGGUUAUGGAAGCUGAAAAGUCACGAUAGAACAGACACAGGAGGGAAGUCUUCACAAUGUUCCCAGUGUGGAAAGAGUUUUACCCGGUUAGGGAACCUGAAAAGGCACGAGAGAAUACACACAGGAGAGAAACCUUUCCAAUGUGCCCAAUGUGGAAAGAGUUUUACCCGGUUAGGGAGCCUGAAUGAACAUAAAAUAAUACACACAGGAGAGAAACCUUUCCAAUGCUCCCGGUGUGGAAAGGGCUUUAGGUGGUUAGGGAACCUGAAAAAGCAUGAAAGAACACACACAGGAGAGAAACCUUUCCAAUGCUCCCAGUGUGGAAAGAGUUUUCCACAGUUAGGGAGCUUGAAGGAGCAUGAAAGGACACACACAGGGGAGACAUCUUACCAUUGCUCCCUGUGUGGAAAGGAUUUUACCAAGCUAAGGAACCUAAUAAAACAUACAGAAUUACACACAGGAGAGAAGCCUUUCCAAUGCUCCCAGUGUGGGAAGGGUUUUACACGGCUAGGGAACCUGAAGGAUCAUAAAAGAGUACACACAGGAGAGAAACCUUACCAAUGUUCCCAGUGUGGGAAGAGUUUUACACGGUUACGGAGCCUGAACGAACAUAAAUUAAUACACACAGGAGAGAAGCGUUUCCAAUGUUCUCAGUGCGGAAAGGGUUUUACCCUGUUAGGGAGCCUGAAAAAGCAUGAGAGAACACACACAGGAGAAAAGCCGUUCCAAUGCUCCCAGUGUGGAAAGAGUUUUACACAAUUGGGGAGCUUGAAGGUGCAUGAAAGGGCACACACAGGGGAGACAUCUUACCAUUGCUCUCUGUGUGGAAAGAAUUUUACCAAGUUAGGGAACCUAAAAAAACAUAAACAAUUACACACAGGAGAGAAACCUUUCCAAUGCUCCCAGUGUGGGAAGGGUUUUACACGGCUAGGGAACCUGAAGGACCAUAAAAGAGUACACACAGGAGAGAAGCCUUUCCAAUGUUCACAGUGUGGAAAGAAUUUUACGUGGUUAGGAAACCUGAAAAAGCACGAGAGAACACACACAGGAGAGAAACCGUUCCAAUGCUCCAAGUGUGGAAAUAGUUUUAAAAGGUUAGGAGCCUGAAGGAGCAUGAAAGAACACACACAUGGGAGACAGCUUACCAUUGCUCUAUGUGUGGAAAGAAUUUUACCAAGUUAGGGAACCUAAACAAACAUGAAAAAUUACACACAGGAAAGAAGACUUUCCAAUGCACCCAGUGUGGGAAGGGUUUUACACGAUUAGGGAAUCUGAAGGACCAUAAAAGAACACACACAAGAGAGAAGCCUUUCCAAUGUUCCCAGUGUGGAAAGGGUUUUACCCAGAUAGGGAACCUGAAAAGGCACGAGAAAAUACACACAGGAGAAAAAUCUUUCCAUUGUCCGCAGUGUGGAAAGGAUUUUACCCAGUUAGUGAACCUGAAAAGGCACGAGAGAACACACACAGUUUUAACAACGACCCCAGGAGUCGGAAACAGUUCGAAGAACAGAACGGAAA